GAUUAGGAAUCACAGCAGAGAUUACCAGGCAGAUUUCUGCAUUGUAUUCUGGCAUGUUUUUGAUAUGCACUUUGCAAGAAGAGGAUACAAUUCAUUAUUUUUCUCUUUUACUGUGAAAAGGGAAAGUUUGUAAAGUGAUUCGAUCUCAGUUUGUCUCGGCUUCAGCAUUUCUCUCCGCAUUUCAAACUGAUCUAUGUGUCACACCCUGUAGUGGUGGGCUUUUUUUUCUAAAUGUGAACUGUAGCUUUGUAUGAUGCUAUUUUUUGUCCUGCAAUAGUAGGCAGAAAGCCUAGAGGACACUGUGCCCUCUUAUAAUUCCUUCUCUGCCCCUGCAGUCCUUCAGUGCAAUAUCUAGAUCAAUGGGGAGUUAAAAAUUGAGUGGAUGCGUGGCAGACAAAUGCUCCUCUCUAGUCACAUUCCACUGGUUUUUAACCGGUAAGGUCAGGAUGUCCUAUCCUGGUGGUAACAACUGUGGCAACCUCCGUAGCAACUAGGAAACACUGGCAGCAAAUGGCUUCCCAUGUCAAACAGCCAAAAGGGCAAGAUUUCUGCAUUGGGACUAAAUCCAAAUCGACCAGAGGUACUGUUAUCAAUAGCUGGUAAGUUUGAAACCCUGCUGUGUCAAAGUACUUGGGAGUUAUCCAGGAAAAAAACCCCUAUCUGUGUUGCACAAUUGCCUUUGUCAGUGCCCCAUUUUAUACCAAAAUAGGGGACCUGGCUCUCAGCAGUAACAGCGCUGAAUGGGAUUAAAAUGUGCUUUAAUGUAGAAUUGAUGCAUUUCUUUGCAAAGUACUACUGAUUCUGUCUGGGUUUGGUUUAUAAUAGGGGAGUUUAUGUAGUUGUGAAACAAGUGAAUACGUUGUGUUGGUUUGCUGACUUAAAGAUGCGUUUUGCAGCAGUUAAUCCACUCUUCUUACUGGGUUUGGUGUGCUAGUUUUCUGAAAUUAUGUAUGUCUGGGAGUCCUCGUAAAAAGUACUCCCAGAUCGUAUCUCUCAGAUAAGAGACAAAAUAACAUUUAAACAUAAUAUGAGCACUUGAACUGUAUUUUGUAAAGUAAAUUAGGCACUGAAAAUUUAUAUGUUGUUGAAUUCCCAUGCAAAUUUUACCCUAAGCAUGCUAAACACUUCUAACCAAUAUUUUAAAAAAGGGGGCAUGGAAGCUUGUCUACUACAUCUUGUUGGACUACCAGAGAUAGUAUCACAUCAUCGAUCUUACGUGACAGCCUCUGAAUAGUUAUCACUUGUCAAAUCUGAGCAUUUCAUUCCUUCUCAUGGCAAGCCAUAAUCCUGCUGUUAUAAAACAUGACAGGACAGCUGAAAGAUCAAAAUAUGUCUUCUUAAUACAUCACUAUAAAUAAAACAAGUAACAGGCAACUGUAGUCUAACAUCACGUUCAAAAACUGUCACGUUUACUCAGCUUGUCAACUUCAGCUGUAGUUUCUGUCUCAGCUUGUAGAAUAGAGAUGGUUUGGCUGGGACUGUGCACAAGAAAGAUUUAAAAGAGAGUGUAGGUAUAAGAAAAGGGGGCUGGAUGUUACCGAGGGAAACAAAAGUUGGAGGGAGAUGAAAGCUAUUGCUUUCCUGGGGAUUUUCACAGCAUUUCUAGUUUCCUUGGGUGUUUCUGUCCCUCUACCAGGUUGGGCUUUGGGUGACUGAAGAUCACAUAAGUCAGUGAUGUGGGUUCAUCUGACCAAAUGCCAGUCUGGAUAUUUUGAGUUCAUUCUUUUUAAAUAAAAAUAAACAACUAAUAAAAGCUACUGAGUUCUUGAUGUACACUGGAAAGCAGUUGCUUGUGUUGGAAAAUACCAGUACAUUGUCUCUUUUCUACCAGCAGAUCACGACUGAGUCCCGCAGUUAGCUCCUUUUGCAAGAAUGGCUUGUUUGGGAGGGUUCCUGCCUACAGGUCACAGGUAUUGCAGUGCGAUGCCAGCUCUGGACAAGUUCUCGUGCUGCAGUGUCGUACCUACUGUCAACCCCUGCUGCAGGAGCUCUUUUGUAGUGCAUCCCACCCACAUUGCUGAGCCCCUCACCCCCCAGAGGUGCCAAUGGAUUAGCUACUGCCUCCCCUCCCCUGUCCCAGCAUGGAAGAAGCUGAGCACAUUGGGGAGAUCAGUGAGCUUAGACAGCAAUGUCCCUGUGCUGGUGAGAGGGGAAAAAGAUGGAUUUUAUUACCGUGGUACAGUAAAAGAGGAGAUAGAGAGUGAAAGAGGCACGUUCCUGGUAGAGUUUGCCAGACCACAUGUGUCACGUGGAAGGCAUCCAGUGUGUGUGCAAAGAACAGCAAAGGAUGACAUCCUGGAAUACGUGAACAGAAUGAAGCACUCCUUACUCCCUGGAGACAAAGUGCUGGCACCCUGGGAGCCAGAUAUGGCCAGAUAUGGCCCAGGAACUGUCCUCACGGGCAUUGAGAUGAGAGACCCCUUAAGAGCCUCAGAAGAUGAAGAAAUUAUGGUCCAUUUCUGGAAUGACAAGAAAGUGAAACUCCCGCGAGGUGUGGCUCUGUGGAUCCCUCCUAGCCUGUGGGAGAGGAUUGUAGAGAUGAUCCACAUGCCCUUCACCACCAGGGUGAAGCCCAAACAAAGUCCGGAUGCUAACUCUUGUAUUUUUUCCUGCAGUCCCAAAACAGCCCUGGUUCCUGUUUGUGCUGUAUGUAGCCUUGCCAAGCACUGUUUGCUCUGCUCACCCUCCUGGCCACAUUUCCACUAUCACUGUGAUGGUAUAUGCUGUUCUUCAGCAUAUGUAAGGUGCAUCUGCUGCUGCCAUCCCCAUGUUGAUGCCUGGUGGCCUCUUCCAUCCAGGUCUCUGGUCUUUCAGAAUGAAACUGAAAAGGCAGAGUCCAGCAGCGAGACCUUUCCAUGCCUUCUAGCACUGAAAGGCCCCAAACAAGAAGCAGCAGCUGUGGCAGUGUCUUCCCCCUGUUCUGAUGCAGAGUGGGACCUGGAGGCGUUCCCCACUGAGAGUACUGUGGUGGACGGUGCUGUUAACACAGACUCCAGCUGUCUUAAGAAGCCCAGGCUAAAGGACUGUACAAGACCUGAGUGGAAAUACUGGAAAAGAAGCCACCACAAGUCCCAUCCCAGUAAUUCAGGACUCGGCAGUGACAGCAGCACAUGUACGAAGGGCAAGAUGGAAUCCAAAGCCAUCUCCGUUGGGAACAUGUCCCAUGUUGCCCCAACUAAUCAGAGUGCAAUGUUUGAAACCAUCAACCAGUCUCCCAGAGGGCAACUCACAAUGAAAGAAAUCUUAAGAGACCAAUAUUUCAAGCUGUCGUUUGGGGAAGAAGGUUUUGCAGCAUCAGAAAAACAAAGAUAUAAAACAGCAAGGAAGAAGACAGAGUCAGAUGAUAACUGUAAAGUGACUUGCACAGAAGGCAACAAACUUGACGAUACAGACCAUGUCAGAAGAGGCCAGACAAAAAAAACAAUGAAGAGCUCACUUGCAACAAAGGAGGAGAGAGAGAGACACGAUCAACACAGAAUUCAAUAAAUGGACAACUCAUGAAGUUCAGGAGCUGA